AAGAAGUCGAGGCUUUCGGUCUCGUUCUGGUGCCCCUCAAGCGGACGUCACAGAGCGCAGCGCAGAUGUCAGUGGGCCGGCAGGUCUUUUGGAAAAGCCUCCACAUUGAAUUCGAGCUUCGUGCGUGUAUGUGAGAGUGCGAUUUCGCCGUGUCCGCCUUCAUUGUACUCGCAAUUUGGUCCAAAAAGAGAGCGAAAAGACCGCGAGAAAGGCCGAGAAGUCACGACGAGGACUUGUGAGACUUGCACAAACAAUCCCUCCUCCUCCUCCUCUUCCUCCUCCUCCUCCUCCUAUUACUCUUCCUCCUCCUCCUCUGCACCUCGUUUAUUCUUAUUAUUUUCCGAGGACGAGACAUAGGAGCACCGCCUGCGGAAACAUGAGCUUUCUCUUCGGGAGUCGCUCGUCGAAGACGUUCAAGCCCAAGAAAAACAUACCAGAGGGCUCGCAUCAGUACGAGCUGUUGAAACACGCCGAGGCCACGCUCGGGAGCGGCAACCUGCGCAUGGCCGUCAUGUUGCCCGAGGGCGAAGACCUCAACGAGUGGGUCGCGGUCAACACCGUGGACUUCUUCAACCAGAUCAACAUGCUCUACGGAACCAUCACGGACUUUUGCACGGAGGAGAGCUGCCCCGUCAUGUCGGCCGGUCCAAAGUACGAGUAUCAUUGGGCGGAUGGCACCAACAUCAAGAAACCCAUCAAGUGUUCCGCGCCCAAAUACAUCGAUUACCUGAUGACCUGGGUGCAAGACCAGUUGGAUGACGAGACGCUUUUCCCCUCCAAGAUCGGCGUCCCGUUUAAGCGGAACUUCAUGUCUGUGGCGAAGACCAUCCUGAAGCGUCUGUUCCGCGUCUACGCACACAUCUACCACCAGCACUUUGACUCCGUCAUGCAGCUGCAGGAGGAGGCCCACCUCAACACGUCCUUCAAACACUUCAUCUUCUUUGUCCAGGAGUUCAACCUGAUCGACAGGAAAGAGCUGGCGCCGCUUCAGGAGCUGAUCGAGAAGCUCACCACCAAGGACAGAUAAACGCCGUCGUCCUUUUCUUUUAAACGAUCUUCUAGUUUUGCACAGACACCCCACCCCACCCCCCACCCCAUUUCUCCCUCCCCUCUCCCCUCUCAACUCUCCUCGGCUGUACGUAUGCAGUACAAACUAUAUUUCCAUUUGGGGAAAUGUUUUUUAAAAACGAGACGCCGGGACGGGUCUAGAUGGGUUUUGAAACGCACCGGGGCCUGAGCUCAUCAGGAAGCGGAGCAAAAGAGCAACACUCCCACCGACUCGGUUCGUGCGACACGAGUGGCUUACAGUGAUACAAAAAUAGUGCCCAAACGUCAUCCUCGAAGCCAUUCUGAAAGCUGAAAGUUUUUCCAGUAUUUUCUCCGUUUGCUGUUUUUCCUCCACGAGCAGGAAACGCAUACCAAGUGCCUGGUCCGGCAUCCGCAGCGAGAACUGUACCAAGGUGUAAAGAUCCACGCAGGCGUUUGACCUCGACCGACACGCAAAAUCCCGGCUCAUCUCCUCUCGCAUAUUUUCCGUUAGUUGGUAAAUCGCCGCAACAGGGGCGUCAUCGGGAGAGCUCGGGAUUCAUUCGGCUGUGCCUUUUCGGGCAAAUGUUGCCCAGAGCGAGACAGACAGAACUUUCUCGGCAGUCGCGACUUGCCUCUCGGAGAUGAUUCGAUCCGCGGCGAUGUCGUUGCGUUAAAUUGCCGCCGUGACACCUCGUAUAGACAUUCGGGUAGACUUCCAGCACCCGCUUAUGACACGCUUAUCCAACACCAAUCGUUUCCAACCUUUCCUGAGCCUCGGCACAUCAUUUACAGUGAAAAAAAAAAAAAAAAAUGACAAUCGUGGCACACCACCAAAUAAAAAUAUGAUAAAAAUAUGUAUGGUGAACCCCCGGGAUAGUCCUGAUUCACUACUUUUGAAUUCGUAUUCAGACUUUGUAUUUCCGUGACAUACAAAAGUUUUGCUUUGACGCCAUCUUUUGGCAUCAGGGUGCCAGAGAAGUGUGUUGAAAUGAAGGGACGAGCGUCAUUUUAGACUCGUUUUUUUUUUUUUUUUGGGGGGGGGGGUCGAUUACUCAUGGAUUCUCAAUAUUCGCUGUAAAGUGACGGUUCCAGUUCGAGGAAACGAAAAGAAGAACUCACUUGCGCCGUUGUCGUAACAAGGGGCAAAUCGGGCUGCUAGCUUGUUCUGUUUUUUAUUUUAUUUUUUGUCCCUCCCUCUUGGAAGUUUGUUUUGAAACUAACACAUAGAAACAAAAUAAGUAAACAUUCUAUAUGAAAAUAUCUAGCAAAAGCCAAGUAGUCUUAAUGCUAACACUGCAUAGGUGGGCUAGCAGAAAUGAGCAUCUUUCCAUCCCAUGGUAAGAAUAAAACUCCAAAUCAUUUGGCAUCUAUCCUCUCCGCUCUGUGGGGACGACGACCAUUACCGGAGUUUAGUUGGGUACCUUCUCCACCUCUUUGUUGCAUUUCUUUCAGUAGAUCUCAGUGCCGCCAACAUGUGGCGCAACGCGGUACUACACUGAAAAUAUGCAAGUCUGUGCUGAAUAUUGUCAAAACGCGUAGAAAACGAUCACUUGCGAAGUCCUGAUGAUAUAGAGGAGGCGCUAAAGAUGAGCAGUGAUGAUAGCAGGGGGGGGCUCCAUCGCUGUGAAGGUGGGGAGUCGCCGCAACUCUUGAACACUUUUCCCGACUUAUUGCCGGAAUGUUUACUCUCCAUAGACUCGUGAUUUGUCAAGUGACCAACUUUUUUUUUUUUCCCCUCCCCCCUUCCCCAAAACUGAAUGUCGGACUGCUUUGCUCAUGUGGCACAACUGAGGUUUUUUUGUUUGUUUGUUUUUGCAUGCAGAUCGCUCGUUCUAAAAGUGUACUUUUUACUAUGCAAUAAGAAUUGGCACGCUUAAAAAUAAUAAUAAAAAAAAGGUUUCUCUGUUGUUUUCACGCUGGUUAUGGUUUUUACUUAUGUUUUAAGAUUGGCUUCGCUUUGGUUUUGCAUUAGUUUUGAAAGUCUUUAAAAAAAUUUUUUUAGAUAUAAUAUUCUCUAUGUUUGCCAGGGGUUAUACUACUACGCACAAGAUGUAAAUAAUGAGUUCUACGAAGGAGUAUUAGGGAAAACAAAGUGAUAGAUUCAUUUUUACAAUGUGUACUGUUAAUGUAUAAUUUUAAGAGAGUAGAAUAAUAAAAUUGCAAUAUUGACCGCAUAAAUAUAUUCCGCAAAAUAUUUUAGGAUGUUAUCUAAUGGUUUAUUAUAUAUAACAUCUUGAAUAUUUUUGUAUUUUUUUUUCUCUGUCAACUUUUUUUUGUUUUGUUACAGUAUUACUACUUUAUACUGGUAACAGAAUUUCGGCAUUAAAAUGUAAUCGGUACAUUAAACAUUUUCCUUUCAUUUAAUUUUUGUUAAUGACACCCCGCCCCAAAUUACAUUGACUUAUUACUAAAUUUAUUCAACCCUAAUUAUGACCCUGCCUAUGUAUUCUGACCUUUACACUGGUACUGUUAAAACUUUGUCCCCGAAAUACUACAACUUUGUACUGGUCAUUACUUUUUCUUACGCGUUUCUUCCUGCAAAAUUACUUUUUCCCCACUUAUGUAUUUUAACGUUUUGUAUUUUACUCCCUAAUACUCCUUCGUAGUUUUAACUAUUCUCUGAAAGAUUUUUUUUUUUUUUUUGAGGCAGCUUUGCUUUCCCUCAAUUCGGAUAUUCAAAUUGUUUGCUUUAUUGUUGCUUUGUUAGCUUAUCAUUAUGAAUGUGUUCACUCAUUUAAUAGAAUCUGAAAAUGUUUUUGAAAGAAACCCGGAAGCAUCGACCAGCUUGGCCUGUUACUGCCUUGUUUUUCUUCCUCUUUCUGUCGGCUGUAUUCAUUGAGGAACUUUGUCUACAUUAUUGCUCGGUAUGGAUGUUCUAAUGCUGCUGAAAUGAAUUCUGCUGUUUACAAGGCAAAUAAAGUUGGCGUUGACUUGA